UUGAUGGUGUUUUUGGUGGCUUUUCUCCCGCUUGUAUUGGGCAGUUACUCUACAUUCAGGCCAUUCGACUGUUCUGACGUCUAUAAAUCAGGACAAACAGUCAGUGGGAUUUACUCCAUCUAUCCAGCAGGUGAUUUUCCUGUCUGGGUUUACUGUCAGAUGAUCUCUUAUGGGAACGAUGACGACAAAGGAGGAUGGACGGUGAUUCAGAGGAGAAUGGACGGCAGUGUGAAUUUCUAUCGGCCGUGGAAUCAGUACAAGAGAGGAUUUGGGAAUGUGGAGGGUGAAUACUGGCUGGGGCUGGAGAACAUGUAUGAGCUGACACGCAACAGGAACUACAUGCUGAGAGUGGAUCUGGAGGACUUUGAAGGAAGGAAAGGUUUCGCUCUGUACUCGUCCUUCUCUGUGGGUCCAGAAGCUGAUGGGUACAAACUACAAGUUUCAGGAUUCAGGGAUGGAGGAGCAGGCGACUCUUUGACUCACCACAGUGGACAGAAGUUCUCCACCUUUGACAAGGACCAGGACUCUGAAAACAGAAACUGUGCCAAACUGUUUCUUGGGGCAUUUUGGUACAAUUUCUGUCACCAAACAAACCCCAACGGUGUGUAUUUAUGGGGUGAAGAUAAUACUCAUUAUGCCAUCGGUGUUGCUUGGGUCACCUGGAAACAGAAAUACGCUGUUAGUAUGAAAUCCAUCAGCAUGAAGAUUAAAAAUAUUUCCUAGAAACAUUACAGUGUUAAAAUCCCGAAGUGACGUGAUGCACAGCUUUUCAAGCUCAAUCUGAUAGUGUG